AUGUCGAUUGAUCUCAACUGGGAGACGCUCACAAGCGGACCAGAUGGCGAUGCGCUGGCCGAGAGCAUCAGGACCUUCAUCCACACCAAGUUCCAGACGGUGCAGCUGCCGCGGUUCAUCAGAUCCGUCAACGUCCACGGCUUUGAUUUUGGCACGAUCCCGCCUGAGCUGGAGCUAAAGGAUAUUACAGACCCGCUGCCGGAUUUCUACGAGCAGGAGCUGGAUGAUGAUGAGGACGACAGCGACGACAGUGACGAGGAUGAGGAGAGCAUCGCCGAGAGGGAGAGGCUGGCGGCGGCAGCGGCGAUGAUGGAGGCCCGCAAGCGCGAGAAUGGUCUCAGGGAGGCGCUCAAGAGCGAUGUGAGCAGCCAUGAUCUGGGGAGGGCUUUUCUGGGCACGUCGACGCCAGGUAUCCUGGGUGGGCCGGGGAGGAACUAUUUCCAGGCGCAUCUGGCGACGGGGACGCACACGCCGCUGGCUGCGGUUGCGGGAGCGCACUUGGGAGGGACGAGCUGGAUGGGAUCGGCGGCUGGGUCGGAGGCACAGACGCCGUAUCAUAGCAGGGAGGCGUCGGUGAGCUCCAUCGACAACUUCCAGGCGGCGCUUGAUCCGGGCGCAGGGCUGGGCUUGGGUGCCAAGUCAGAUGUUUCGAGCACACUGGGUCAGCCGUCGAGACCGUCGACGAGCCAUGGGCAGGUCAGCGGCGGCGGAUCUGCGAUUGUUGACGACGACGAUGAGGAAGAGGAGGGCGGCAAGAGGGCUGCCGAGCGGGAGGCGAAAGUGGAGGACGUGCAGGCGGUGUUUCGGAUUCGAUAUGCGGGCGACGUCAGGCUGAACCUGACGGCGGAGAUUUUGCUCGACUAUCCGAUGCCGAGCUUCGUGGGGAUUCCGCUGAAGCUGAACAUUACGGGGUUGACGUUUGAUGGGGUGGGCGUGCUGGCGCAUAUUCGGAAGAGGGUGCAUUUCUGCUUCUUGAACCCGGAUGACGCGCUGGCUGCGGUGGGACCGGAGGGGGAUAAGGAAGAGUCUAUGGCGGGAGAAGGUAAUGGAGGGGGAGGAGGAGGAGGGGGAGGAGGGGAGAAGAAGCAGCAGCAACAACAACAACAAGGACAACAGCAGACUGGAGGGCGAUUCGGUGGACUGCUGCAGGAGAUCAAGGUGGAAAGCGAGAUUGGAGAGCGAGAGAGUGGGAGGCAGAGCUUGAAGAAUGUGGGAAAGGUGGAGAGGUUUGUGCUGGAGCAGGUGAGGAGGAUAUUUGAGGAGGAAUUUGUGUAUCCGAGUUUCUGGACGUUUUUGGUAUGA